CUUAUUACAAGUCAAAGUGCCCAAAUAUUUAUACCGGCUGAACGGCUGAACCUGAUACAGUGACAGAGGCGGAGAAACCGAUUCAGAGAAAGAAUGAGAGAGGCGGUCCAGGCGGAGGAAGCUUGCUGCCUUGCUUGAGCUGUUGAGCAGAUGAGAACAGGGGAGAGAAAGAGAAUCAGAGAGAAUGAGAGAGAGAGAGAGGCGGAGAGCCGAGACUAGAGAGAAAGAUGUCCCUGAGGGUAACGAUAAUGCCUUUGAUUCUACAUUGCUGAAACAUGAGACUAGUGAUGAUGUUUACGGGGGAAAUCAUUUCGAUGUUGGAAGCCACGGAGAACCUCAAUUGAGGAAACGUGGCACUAGUAUUGAAGAAAUUAAGACUCCUUUGGAUGAUAUGAUAGAAGUACAACCAUCACUUGGCACAUCAAUGGUUCAAAGAACCUCAAUUGAUAGAGAACCGCUCCAAAAACUACGUAGGCAUCAGCCUAAAAUUUUUACCUCCAAACGAAUGAGUACCUGCAUUAUAGCUUCUGAGAGUACACGCAUUAUUUGUGCUCUCAUAAUAGCAUUCUUAGCGGUUUUAUCCUAUGUUGAUUAUCCAUUAUUUGGGAGAAACAUAGUGAAGUCAGAGAGUGUUGUAGCCUCAAGACCUCUUUACAUACUUCUGCUAACUGAUGUGACAAUUGUGCUUGUACUAUUGCACUUUGAGAAGCUAAGAGGCCCUGAAGAGGCAGAGGAAGAAGAAGUGGCACCUCCGAAAGAUAGAGAUAACUGGGCAGAAGCAGAGAAGGUUUUAGAGAGAGGCCUGGUGGUGUACCAGGCCACCCGUGCGAUCUUCAUUGACUGCAGUGUUUAUUUAGUGGUUGUCAUAUGUGGCCUCUCUCUGGUGUAGCUCUGCUGCAAUGAUGAUUAAACUUAUUUCUAUUCUAUUUAUUAAUGUAUCUAUCCCAUUGAUGUAAAUGAAAGGAAUAGUAAGAAAGAGCAUGUAUUUUGCCUAAAACAAUGACAUGUAACCAAAAUGGCCUUCAGUUU